AGUCAUCCACUGGGACCACUGCACCACACCUCUUUUAUUAUUAUUAUUAUUAUUAUUAUUAUUAUUAUAUUAAUUUUAGUGCUAGCAGGCUUGGACUACAAAUUAAAAUUUUGCUUAGGCCCAUUAGCGAGCCCAAGAGUGGAUACAGAAAUAUUAAUAGGCUUACCCAAACGCCAUGAGAAUAUUCUUUUCUUGUCUGCGUUUUCAUUUCUUAAUGACCAGCGAAGAUCAAAUGCGAAAUCGGGAUGAUUACAAAAACAAUUGAAGAAAUACAAACAAAGGAAUGGAAAAGAUUGACGAGUCAAUUAAGAAACAAAUAGCAGCACUUUUGCGAGUUAUAAACGCUACACGAUGCAAGGAAGACAACAUCCCAUGCGAAAUUGAAGAUGGGCUGUUCGUGGGUUCUGUUGGUGCUGCAAAUAAUAAGGAUAAACUGAAAAGCAAGAAUGUUACACAUAUCUUAACAGUAGCUAAUUCAUUGGCUCCUGCCCACAAGAAUGAUUUUGUCUAUAAAAUCAUUGGAGUUGCCGAUAAAGAAGACACAAAUUUGAUACAGUACUUUGAUGAGUGUUUCAAUUUUAUUGAGGAAGCUAAAAGACAAGGUGGUGGUGUUUUGGUUCAUUGCUUUGUCGGAAGAUCCAGAAGUGUGACAGUUGUUGUUGCCUAUCUGAUGAGAAAGCAUGGCAUGAGUCUCUCCCAAGCACUUCAACACGUAAAGAGUAGAAGGCCUCAGGCUUCUCCUAAUUCAGGUUUCAUCUUACAAUUGCAGGAGUUUGAGAAAUCUCUUCAAGGUGCAUCAUCCUUGAUGCUGUGUAUAUUUAUUUACAAAAACUUACUCAAAUUAGUUACCACAUUAAACAUUGAAGAGACCAGUUUAACACUGUUAUAUGGUUUUGACAAUAUGCAAAACUCGUUUCAUUUUCCUGAUUUUAAGCUUAUAUGUCUUACAUCUAUUUCAAACAGAAAUCUGUCAUUCUUGCUGCAAUAGAUACCCCUUUUAUCCUGGAAACACUUGUUAGGCACUACUACGCCAGGCUUCGUUUUAAUUAAUUUCUUUAACAAGUACAACAACUAAAAGUGACUAGAUUUUGAUAAUUUGUAAAAGAAUUACUGCUCAUCCAGACUACUCGAUUGUA